AUGUCAGACCCAGACCAGUACACCGUUGGCUGGAUAUGUGCCCUGGAGACAGAAUACAUCGCUGCCCGAGCGUUCCUCGAAAAGAAACACGAUCGUCCAGAAACGAUUUCACGAAAUGAUAACAAUCACUACACACUAGGAGAUAUCGGAGGGCACCACGUCGUUAUUGCCGUUCUCCUCAAGGGAGAAUGCGGAACCUCAUCAGCCGCCAGCGUGGCACGAGACAUGGUACACAGCUUCCCCAACAUUCGAUUUGGUCUGAUGGUUGGAAUCGGGGGUGGGGCGCCCAGUACAAAACAUGAUAUCCGUCUCGGUGACAUUGUCGUGAGCUCACCUCGAAAUGGACGAGGCGGCCUGAUUCAGUACGACUUUGGCAAGGACUUCCAAGGAAAGGAUUUCCAGCAAACGGGGUUUCUCAAUCAGCCACCACCAAUCCUGCGCACGGCCGUAGCGGGGCUCAAGGCGCGGUAUAGGGAGGAAGGUAAUCAGCUGAAGGAGAGCAUUCAGGCCGUGCUUGAGGGGAAUGAACGACUAGAACGAAAAUAUGCGCCACCGCCCCCCGACGCUGAUAAGCUUUAUGAGAGCUCCUUUGUUCAUCCGAAUCCCCAGGAAGAAUGUGGCAAGGUCUGUGACAAUUCAAAGGUGAUUCAGCGACCACCGCGAACUGACGAGGAUGACGAUCCUGCUAUUCACUACGGCCUAAUUGCAUCUGGCAACCGGGCUAUCAAUAACGCGAUGUUCCGCGACAAGCUCGUGGCAGAACAAGAUGUUCUUGGUUUUAAGAUGGAGGCAGCUGGGCUGAUGAACCACUUCCCCUGCUUGGUCAUCCAUGGCAUUUGCGACUACGCCGACUCUCACGAGAAUAAGGAAUGGCAGGGCUAUGCUGCGAUGGCGGCGGCUGCAUAUGCAAGAGAUCUCUUGCGUGAGAUAGUCCCUCGGAGGGUGUAUUCUGAGCGGAGGGCUAUUGAAGUUAUCGAAGAGAUGAGAACGAGUCUGGAUAAUGUGUCCGGGAACAUCGACAAUAUCCAUUCGAUCACUACUGCAUUGGCUAAGAAGAUCCAAGGCGUGGUGCAGAGUAUUGAGCUUAAGGAGCUGCCGUUCGCCGAAGGAGCCGAGGUUGGAACCUAUAUGGACCAACAUGAAGACGACUGCUUGCCAGGGACUAGAGAGAACGUCCUCCACGAGGUCGAAGAGUGGGCUACCUUGCCAGAGAGCAAAUGCAUGUUCUGGCUCAAUGGUCUAGCCGGAACCGGCAAGUCGACCAUAGCACGAACCAUGGCAAGCAUGUUUCAGCAGCGAGGAUUGCUUGGGGCGUCCUUCUUCUUCAAAAGAGGCAAAGGACACUGUGGUCGCGCAACUCAGUUCUAUCCAACCAUUGCCAGGCAGCUGUUCAACAAGGUUCCAGAGCUGCGCGCUUCAAUCCUACAGGUCAUCCAGGACGAUCCUCGGAUUUCGAUGAGACCAUUCAAGGAGCAGUUUGAACAGCUGAUUCAACAGCCACUUGAUAAGCUUUGUCAAGCCAAGCAGCAGAUAUCCCCGCUAGUAAUCGUGAUUGACGCAAUAGAUGAGUGCGAAAAUGAGAAUGAUAUUCGAGUUAUCCUGCAGCAGUUGCCACGCGCAGUGUCUCUGCGGUUCUUCAUUACCAGUCGACCUGAACUAGCUGUUCGAUUGGGGUUCCAUGCCGUGGAAAAUAGUUACCAGGAGUUGAUCCUCCAUGAGAUUCCUGCAUCAGUGAUAGAAAACGACAUCUCUCUGUUCCUAAAACACAAGCUUGUUGAAAUUAGCAAGCAGCGAGGCCUCUGCCUUGACUGGCCCAGAGAGCCACACUUUAGAGCUCUGCUAUCUCAGUCGAUUCCAUUGUUCAUUUUUGCUGCAACUGUCUGCCGCCUCUUCGAGGAUUAUAACCUGGACCCGGAGCAAUGUCUUACUGAGAUUCUCGACAAUCAAAAUGAGGAGUCGAAACUAGAACAAACAUAUCUCCCAGUCUUGAAUCGAGCUCUUUCAGCAUACGAUGGAAAGAGGAAAAUCCAACUGAUUCGAGACGUUCGGGAGGUCCUUGGUACAAUCGUUCUUCUUCAGAACCCGCUCUCUAUUAGCUCCUUAUCCAGCCUCAUGGGAAUUACGACAAGCUCAAUCAAAGCACGAAUAAGUUCUCUACACUCAGUAUUAAACAUACCAGGCGAUCACACGCUGCCAGUAAAGAUCUUCCAUUCGUCAUUUCGAGACUUCCUUCUUGAUCCCUGUACCCGCGAGAAAACUCCUCUCUGGGUUGAUAAAGAGGAGCCGAGCGCCAAGAUGAGCAACUACUGUCUGUCCGUGAUGAGGAACCGGCUGAAGAAAAAUAUAUGCAAUCUCCCAAGCCAUGGGACGCAACGCAAAGAUAUUCACUCCGAGCUUAUCAAUGACAAAUUGCCAUCAGAGCUGCAGUACGCAUGCCGGUACUGGAUCCAUCAUACGGCACAAAGCAAAGAUCCCAUACUUCAGGUUGACGAUGUUUUUGCUUUUCUUCAAGUCCACUUCCUUCACUGGGUGGAGGUGAUGAGCAUACUGGGGUUCGUCUUAGAAGUUAUAGUGGGAAUUAUUUCCCUUAAGUCGGUGCUGCCUGGUGAUAACAAUCCGAAGAUAUCUGAAUUCCUGGACGACGCAAAGAGAUCUACAUCUCAGGGUUACUAUUUGCACCCAAGAAGACUGAUUCGGACAGUCUUUGAAAGAGAGAUUCCUAGCUGGAUACACCAAUGGCCAAGGGUGGAUGAUGAAAACUGGGGCUCCGAUUGGCAGACCCUGAGAGGCCACUCAGAGAAGGUGUUUUCAAUUGCUUUCUCACCUAAUAGCAAACUGCUAGCUUCUGGCUGCUGUGAUGGGACUAUCAAACUCUGGGAUGUCCUUACAGGCGAGCUCAAGCAUACCCUGGAAGACUUCGUGGUCGUCAAAUCACUCGUCUUCUCACCCGACGGCCAACUGCUGGCAUCCGGCUCCAGCUCACAUAUCACCCUCUGGGACCUAGUUACAGGCGAGCCCAACCGGACCCUGGAGGACGACUCAUAUGAUGAAGAUUUCUCCGUAAUCCUUUCGAAUCUUGGGUCCAAACUAGAAAACUUCUCUGCCCAAGACUGGCACGAAAGCGCCCUGUCAGACCCUGCCAAGCCAUUGAAUAAGCCAGCCUUGCGGGACGAUCGCUGGGUUACUAUUCGCGGUCAAAGGGAGGUGUGGCUGCCUCCUGAUUAUACCCCAAUUUGUUCAACGGCCACAGAUGGCGCUAUAGGAAUAUGGCUGCGCAAGUGGAAGCGUUUGCGCUAUUAG